CCCGCACAGUACUCUUAUCUCUAGCAAUACCAAACCAAUCUCCAAUCAUGCCAGAAGUAAGUAUGCGAAUAGACCACUGUGUCAAGCCAAGAUUAUUAACAUUGCCACUCCUUUCGAGCGUUUCUGCGUUCACCAAAAUGAGCCGCUGAGUGCGGAUGGAAAGCGUGGGAAUKGUUGACCUGCAGUGCGACUUUGCGGUGCGAAAUGGUACCCAUCUGGUUCGAAUUCCUUUAGUAUUAUUGGUUGGGAUGAAAUCAUGUUUGGAUCUAUUGACCUAUGCACACAGCCGAAAAAAAUUGUCGUCGAUCGUAUCAACAGCUUAAUUUUUUUGGUUUGUUCGUUUUUUUCUAUGAAUUUUCCCUCUGCUUACUACUAGAUCGAAGAAAUCGACGAGUCCGUCCCCGAGCUCGAGGAAAUUGAUGACGUCCCCCAGUUGGAGGAAGGAGCUGAUCCCAAUGCCGCAGCUGCUGCCGCCGCUGCCAUGGCUGCCGCCAUGCCUCCCCCGGUCCAAAACCGUAACGAGAAGAAGGCACGCAAGGCGAUGCAAAAGCUUGGCAUGAAGCCCGUCGGAGGAAUCCUGAGGGUGACCGUAAAGAAGUCGAAGAACGUCCUCUUUGCCAUCAACAAGCCCGACGUCUACAAGUCGACCACGGCCGAUACAUACGUUAUCUUUGGGGAAGCCAAAUCGGAAGACUCUGGUGCCGCCGCACGCCAACAAGCUGCCGCCGGUCAAUUCAACGCCCCCCAGGAAGCCGCCCCCCCUGCSAUGCCCGAGAUGGAAGAGACCGCCGCUGAGACCGCCGCCGACGAGGAGGCUGUUGACGAAACGGGAUUGGACUCCAAGGAUAUCGAAUUGGUCAUGUCCCAAGCUGGAUGCAACCGUGCCAAGGCAGCUAAGGCUCUCAAGGAGAAUGAUGGWGAUUUGGUAAACAGUAUCAUGAGUUUGACGAAAUAAUUAUGAUAKUUGGAUGAUUGAUUCUACUAUCAACUGAUGAAUCGUAUACAAAUGAAUUAUAGUUUACGUU